AAACCACAAAAUGGAGUAUUCACGAGAAAGAAGCAGAUGAGUUUCCAGAAAUGCUAAUUUCUGUGUGACUGUCUCAUUUUAAGUAAUAGACGUAGAACGAAAUAUGUAGAUAUGACAAUGACAGAACCCACUAGCCAUUCCUCUGACACUAAAACCGAAAAUGGUCAGCUGAAAGAAUUUGUCAGUGCUCAGAAAGAUGUCCCGACGUCGUCCUCAGGACAGGAAGUAAACAAAGUAGCUUACCAAAGUGGGGGAGGAUCCCAGCCUUGCGAGGAUGGGGGUCCCCUCAUGCGAAAUGACGAUUCAGACUCGUCAUCUGAAGAGAAAGCGUUUGAAGAAACCACAGCCAAGUUUGAGAAACGCGGAGUUAAGUUUCAUGAAGGAAUUGUCGCAGGAUACAAGGACGCUCCCGACCCUUGGAAGGAUGCCCGGGGAUGGACAUGGCACGAGGUGAUGAUGGCUUACAGGCUGAGCUGUGAGAAACACAACACUAAGCCCCUCAAUAGAAUAAUACAACAAGUACAGGGUCUUGUUGACAAUGGAAAGAGACAAGAGUUAUUCAGUUUAAAAGGCGAGAAGCUGGACCACAAGCACUGCGAGAGUAUUGAGGAAAUCUUGCGGCGUAUACAGUUCAGUGUUAUUGAUCUCGAGGGCUGCCACCUGGAGGAUGAGAGUGCUGUGGCACUAUUUGACAUGAUUGAAUUCUAUGACUCAGCAUGUCAGUUGAACAUAUCCUUCAACAAGAACAUAGGACUAAGAGGAUGGCAGGCUUGCUCCAAGCUGAUACGCAGGACCCCUCAUCUUGUUCAUCUAGACAUGAGGAACUGUGAUCUGAAUGAACGCUCCAUCCCAAUCAUUGGCCGUGCCCUGAAGCUGGGCAGUACACUCACUGUCCUACACUUAGAGAACAUCUCUCUGUCUGGCCGAGCCCUCAUCAUACUUGUUGCGGCACUGAAGAUGAACGAGACGUUGUUGGAGCUGUUUCUGGCUGACAACAAGCUGAUGCCGAGUGACGGAAUCCAGCUGGGCAACCUUCUCAAGUACAAUCACAAACUAGAACUGCUUGAUCUCCGCAACAACCACCUGCAGGAUGUAGGAACCAGUCAUCUGUGUGAUGGUCUGUAUGAACAGAACCUGGACACUGGGCUGAAGACGCUAGUGCUGUGGAACAACCAGAUAACUUAUCAAGCGAUGGCUUCUGUUGCUAAGGCACUGAAAUCAGCAGAGUGUUUGGAAACACUGAACUUGGGGCACAACAACGUCACCAACGAAGGGAUGCACAUCGUGAAGGAUGGGUUGCUGAAAAGCAAAGCUCUGCUAAGGCUGGGACUGCAGGGAACGAAGGUCUCAUGUGAAGGAGCUGUAGCCUUAGCUGAGUUUGUGGCAGACAGUCCUCGACUUGUUCGUCUGGACCUGCGAGAAAAUGACAUUAAGACGGCUGGACUUAUGGCCCUGUCUCUGGCCAUGAGGGUGAAUGACACGGUCGCCAGACUAGACUUGGAUAGAGACACAAAGAAAGAAUCUGGGAUGAAAGACUACGCAGAGCAACAGCGCCGUUUACACCAAGAGAUUUUGGUGUACUGUGAGCGUAACCAGAAACAAACUGUGGAGAGAGAAGAGCGUCAGAAACAGGAGAAGGUGGAACAUGCUCGGCAAGAAGCUGCACGUCAAGAGGUAGUGAAUGUAGUGAGAGCUGCACAAGAGGCGCUUCAGUCAGACAUGGAUUACAUUCCCUCAGCUGAAAAGAUCCAGAGACCAAAACUUCUCUUCUUUAACAUUCUGGCCCCUCAGCGGUCUCUGGAAUCGCCAGGUGACUUCCACGAGGACAACAUUCCAGUCACCUCCCCACCUGCGUCGUCCCAGAACCUUUCUCUGUGUCUCCCUCCCACAACUACGUCACAACAGCUGUUGUCUACUCCACCAGCAGACAUGCUGCUGAGUCCUCAGUACAUACCCAAACUAACAGCCAAGAAGAUUUUUUCUGUGAACAGAGUGACAGAGAGCAUGCCUUCUCCAACCCUGGUUGCUGGUCAACCAAGUGAAGCCAGUUCCUCUCUCAACCUCCUCUCAGCUAGUCAGGUCCCUGGGGCAGUGCUCUCCCCUGCCAUCAGCCCUACCACGCUCUGUCAGGAUCUAGCCACGGAAACCGUCAAGGAAUAUAUAGAACAGAUUGUAUCCGAGGCUGCAGAGAGCGGUACAAGACCUGUGCCAGACGACAAGAAAAGUGUAGACUCUGAACAGACUGCUAACACUUCCUCAGGAGAUGGGCAAAGGGAAGAGAGUAAGGCUGUCAGUAAGGACAGUGUUUGUGAACAAAAUGGAGGUAGUGGAGCAGAUAGUGCUACAGAGGACAUGCAAAGUAAUGAAGCUGCCUCAGCAGAUGGAGGGGCUGUGUGUGAGGAGAAACCAAGUCAGUGUGAUAAAUCAAAGGAUGAAAUUCAGCCAGGAUGUGCAACUGAAGGACAUAGUGCUCCGACACAAAUGAACAGUCAGAACGCUAAAGAAACCUGUGUGAAACCUGAUCCAUCCAACCCAACUGAGACUGAGCAGUGGCAAACCGUGGACUCAUCUGACUUGCAACAGUCUGCACAGUCCACUACCACCACAGGGGAGACAGAGAAGCCAGAUUUCCACACCAACCUCUCUUUAAAUGGACUUGCUCGUGAGCUGGCCAGUGCCUUGGACACUGUUGACGAACAGACAGAUAAGGAAGUAGCUGCCAGUGCCACCAAUGAGUUUACUAUGACUGAUGACUUUGAAAAAGAAUUAGACGCCAUGUUGGCAAGUGUUGGUCUAUAUUUACCUUCACAACUGCAAUUAACAAGUGAGGAGAAUGCCACACCAAUGGAAGAUAAUUCAAGUUGAUGGACUUUACCCUACAUGUCCAUUCCCCACAGCCAACAGAAGGAAGAAUGUCCUUGGCCAAGUCACCUGCAAUACUUGGAACUUGACAGAAGCUUUGCCCACUAAAUUGCUUGGUUGGCCGCACCCUACAGUCCAUGUGCAAAUGCUGUCUUGCUCAAUACUGCAGCUUCCAAGCUACAGAUACAAUACAUUAUACGCCACACAAAUAUCUUGUUCAUCGUUUUUCGCUUUCUCUUUGGAUGUACUUUCACACUUUAGUUUUUGCGUCUUUACAUCUUUGGUAUUGUAGUUAGAGUUGAUACAAACAAGAAGCAAAUACAGCAAGAUGAACAUUGUAAUCCAGAACAUAGGGUUUAUGUAUAAAGUUAGUAUAUUUUAGAUAUUACAUUAUGAUUAUCAGUCAAACUUUAUAAUUAUUUUGUCAUUGAAUGUAUAUUGCACAGGAUCCGUGACUUAAAUAUUUUUGAAGAAUCAAAUGUGAAUUUUGAUACUUAUCUUAAAACAAAAAUUAAAUAGAUAUUUGAUAAUAUAGUGAUUUUUAUGAAAGAAGUGGUCCUAUGUUGCCAUGACAAUAUGUGACUCUGGAGCGCGUGCAGAGAACACCUUGUAUCUUACUCUCCAGAGACUUAGAAGACAGUGAGUUCCAUACACCCUAGUGAUCAGUUCAACAAAACAAAACACAUUUUCAUGCUCUCUUUAAUGCAUGUAAGAUGAGAUACAAUGGACAUGUCAGUAAUAGUUUCAGUAAGAUAAAAUGAGAAGAUGUAAGGAAAGUAGACAUUAUUUUCAUCCAAGUUAAUAUUUACGAAACGUACAU